CUGGGCUCCUCCCAGAGACAUCUGAGGCUCCGGAGCCGGGCAGGCCUGCUGGGGUCAAGGUGGCGGGGCCUUGACCAGAAAGGAAGUAACCUGAUGACACACCGAGCAGGCCUGGCCCCAGAGGAAUCUGAAGCGUCCUACUGCCCUGGGGUGUUGGUCACAGCUGCCCCAAUCCCAGCCUGCGGAUGCUGCAAUUACCUCAGAGCAUGAAACCGGCUUCCCACCUGACUGAGUCAGCUGAAAACAAAACACAGCUCUACCACACGCUGGCACAAACAGCCAAGCCACUAAUCAGAGUCCCCAGAUGCUGGCAGAGAGCACAGCCCUACACUGGCCAGGAGAUCAGCACACGCCAGGAACCACCGGAGAAAAGGUGGACAGGGGCCCAGCUGCUGCCUGCUGUGGAAGGAGAGCUGCUCCCGAGGGAAGGCCAGCCCUGCACACCAGCCCUUGGCCGUGUAUUGUCCUGCUCUGCCCAGUAGGAACUCCUAACGCUCUGAUCUCCUGGACAAAUCUUCCUCCUGUUAGUCUUGCCUCCAAGGCGGAAAACCAAGGCCCACCGUGAGGAGAAACCCACAGCCUCUGCUAGUAGCCUCUGAAGGGUGUGUCCUGGUUCCUGGCAUUCGGCACUCUAGCAAAUGGUCACUUGCUGAGCCCCUUUGUGGGGCUUCUCAGAUGCCAGACCCACUGGAUAACUGAGCUCCAUGGAGACUUGGCGAAAAGGCUCUUUCCGCAACGCCUCCUUUUUCAAGCGAGUGACCCUGGGGCGGCCCAGGCGACUUCGGCGACAGGGCAGCAUACUUAGCCAGGCCAGCACUGCUGGCGGUGACCACGAGGAGUACAGCAACCGAGAAGUCAUCCGGGAACUGCAAGGGAGGCCAGAUGGCCGGCGGCUGCCCCUGUGGGGGGAUGAGCAGCCCCGGGCCACCCUGCUGGCCCCACCCAAGCCCCCGCGCCUCUACCGAGACAGCUCCAGCUGCCCCAACAUUUUGGAGCCCCCGGCAACCUACACUGCUUCCUACUCGGCCACCUUGCCCUCAGCCAUCUCCCUGACAGGACCCCUCCACCAGUGCUCAGAGGAGGGCCUUUUGGACACUCCCCAUUUCCCGAGGACACCUACUCCGGACCUCAGUGACCCUUUCUUCUCCUUCAAAGUGGACCUGGGGAUUUCACUUCUGGAGGAAGUUCUACAGAUGCUGAAGGAGCAAUUCCCCAGUGAGCCCCACUUCUGACCCUGGUGAGGAAAGAGAGAACUGGGGAGACGGGAGGAGUGGAGCCUGUGGGGUGGAAGGUACAGUGUGGAUUAAAGAACAGGCGGGGACAGGAAGCCACAGUCGUGCCUGUCCUCUGGCUGUUGACCAAUCCUCCAAAUCACCCAGAGUGAAGGCACAGAAGCCAGCUGGGAAUGUAUGGGGCCACUUUGUGACAGGAGCCCUGAAGGAAGCUGGAGAGGCCAGGAAAAGGAAGCUCCAACCUGCAACCACAGGAAUCAUUCAGAGGUCAGCGGAGACGGGAUGGCAGAGGGGCGAGUCAGAGAGUAGGGCUCAGACUGGGCAGGACAGACAGUGCCUGUACCAGCCUCCAAACCACUGUCAUCAGGGAAGUCACAGGCCACAUCUAGGAAGAAGCAGUCUGAGAGUAAAGGAGAGUUGGGAGGCCAGAGAGGGACAGGAAUAGACAAGUCACCACUGACUUCAUGACUGGUUAAGUUAAUGUAAUAAAAGCAAACUGAAGAUGCCAUUCCAGAGGCUGGGGAAUGGCUCAGAGGACAAAGUGCUUGCUGUGCAAGCAGGAGGACCAGGGUUCACACCUUCAGUACCCACACUGAAAAGCUGGGCAGGUGUGCCAGCCACCUGGAAUUUUAGGGUUAGGUGGGGAAAGGAGGGGUCCCAGGGACAGGCUGGCUGGUUAGACUAGCCAAAUCGGCAGACUUCAGGUCCAGAGACCCUGCCUCAGUAAAUAAAAAGUGACGAUCAAGAAAGACACCUGAGAUCAACCUCUGUCCUACAUGCGCGUGCGCGAGCGCGCACGCGUGCACACACACACGCACACGCACACGCACACGCACACGCACACACACACGCACACACACACGCACACCCCAUAUGGAUACAAACACAAAGAAAAAUUCAGUUACUUUUCACCCUAGCCAAUUUUUGUUUGUUUUUGAGACAGGGUCUCAUAUGUAGUGAGGUGGCCUUAAACUCAUCCUCCAACCUCCACCUCUGGAGCGCUGGGAUCACACCUAGGUAUUUUAUGUGGUGCUGGGGAUGGAAUCCAGGACUUCAUGCAUGCUAAACAAGCACUCUACCAAAAACGAGCCUCAUGCCAGCCCUCUACCCACAUUUUAAAGAUGUUUUUAAAAAUCAUUUUUGAUUGAGUGUGUGCGCACACACGCAAGUGUCUGCUGGUGCCUGCAGAGACCAAAGGUGUUCAAUGCCCCUGGAGCUAGAGCUACAGGCAGUUGUGAGCCACCUGAUGAGGGGGCUAGGGAGGAACUCAGGGCCUCUGGAAAAGCAGUAUGUUCUUAAUUGCUGAGCCAGCUCUCCAGCCCCCUUAGCCACAUUUUAAAUCAGCAACCACACUUGACUGAUGGCUACCAUACUGGACAACAGAACGUAAACACUGGUAUUGACAGACCAACAUUCACUGGACUGUGCUGGCCAGACACUAGUGCGUAAGGAAAGGAAGAGGCCAGCUCUGGGCUGCAAGUGCAGGACAAGUAGGCAGAGGAAAAUGCAGGGGAAAGGUCCAGCAUCAUUAGCAAAACAGAGAGCAUGAGACUCAAGCUGCCCACAGAUCUGUGAGCAAUCAACCCCUGUGUGUGGGGAAGCAGCUCUGGGAAGCAUUGGGUAUGAGAGGUUCUGGCAAUGGCUGCAAGAAAAGCAGCCUUCCUUCCAGCAGAGUGGGCGGAUAGCCUGGCCAGGGAAAGAAUGAUGCACCAAAGAGGCACCAGAGUCCGCCCACAGGCCUGGGGGGCUCUGCCUUGCCCAAAACAGGCCAAGGCUACCAACUGUGCUACUAUCCUGCCCUGUGGCUUGGUCAGAUCUGAAUCCAGAGCCCAGAAGCACUGGACCUGGCCUCCAGGCCACUCAAAGCGUGAAACAGGGUAGAAGGAAGCUGUGACACACACUGCCUCCACAAAUCCACAUCUAUGACGUCUCUUUCCUGCUCCUGUGCAGAGGGGCCCAGCUGCAAGGCUCCUCUGGACAGAGGAGGCAAUGAAUAAAGGUUUUU